GCUUAUAGCUUUCGUGAAACAGCAGAAAAUAUCACCCGAUAGCAGAUUUGAAAGUCCAUUGUUUUUGUAAAGAAAUCGUUGAUUUUAAUUGGAACUAAGCGUCUUUAAGUAAAUAUGACAACGGAUAUCGCUCGUGAUUUGGAAGCUCCCGGUUUCAGCUUUGAAAAUUGCCGCAGAAAUGCUCAAUUGGCUAAGCAGGGAUUUGUUGCACCCAAGGCAGUCAAAACCGGAACUACCAUUUGCGGAAUAAUUUAUAAAGAUGGUGUUAUUCUCGGUGCCGAUACCCGUGCCACGGAAGGACCAAUUGUUGCGGAUAAAAACUGCGAGAAAAUACAUUACCUCGCAAAAAACAUGUACUGUUGCGGUGCCGGAACAGCGGCCGAUACGGAAAUGACUACGCAAAUGAUCGCUUCUAAUCUAGAGCUACAUCGAUUGAAUACUGGCCGGACUGUCCCUGUGGUAGCUGCGAAUACAAUGCUGAAGCAGUUUUUGUUCCGUUACCAGGGUUACAUCAGCGCCGCAUUGGUUCUAGGUGGUGUGGACAACACCGGGUCCUACAUUUAUUGUAUCUAUCCUCACGGUUCCACUGAUAAAUUACCGUACGCAACAAUGGGAUCUGGCAGUUUGGCCGCAAUGUCUGUAUUUGAAUCCCGCUGGAAGCCGGAAAUGGAGGAAGAAGAGGGUAAGAAGUUGGUACGGGAUGCAAUUGCUGCUGGUGUUUUCAACGAUUUGGGCUCCGGUUCGAAUAUUGAUCUCUGCGUGAUUCGCAAGGAUGGAGCGCAGUAUCUGCGAACCUACGAAGAAGCCAAUAAGAAAGGAACUCGUACGCUGGGCUACGAUUACAAGCCAGGGACCACGGCCGUCCUUCAGAGCAAGUGCUUCAAAAUCGACGUUACGGAAGAGGCUGUGCGCGCACUGAUCCCAGUAGGUGGUGUGGAAAGCAUGGACACGGCAUAACCUGUGCUGUGAUACUAAUUCUUUACGAUUCGUGAAACU